AUGCAGACUUUUAAGACAGUGGAGACCCAGGUGCCCUUUCUGAAAGAGAGUUUCUUCACCACCACUUUCAAAGGCAGGAGGAAGAGCAGUGUGACCAGCCUCCUCCGUAAACAACAGAACUCCCUCCUCAACCAGCAACAACAACAACAACAGUGCAUUUUAGAGCAUCAGCAGCAGUCUCCAAAGCAAUUUAUUUCCCCAUCAUUCGAGAAUGAACAAGGGCAGCGCACUCCGGAACAUCAGCGCCUUGCUCGCUCGACCAGCAGCCCGUUAUGCAAGACAGCCGAGCGUGCAGGAGCAGAUGGGGAUAGAAAGGAGGGGCAAAAAGAGAGGAAGGAUGAGAGAGAGAGAAAGGCUGUGCAGGGUAGAGGGGGAGAGCGAGGAGAGAGUGGUAGCGAGCCCGCGGCUGUCAGUGCCAGUCCCCUCCUCCUUUCAUCAUCAGCAUCAGCGGCACUGGGGGAGGCAGCAUCAUUCUCACAGCUGCCUAUAACUGUGGUGGGCAGACAGCAGGGAUUAGGCAGCUCUGAUAGGGCUCUGACCAACAGAGCACCAGUAGCAGUAGCAGCUCAGGAGGGAGCCCAGCAUGCCAAGCCUCGACCCCAGCAGCAUGGCCUGUUAGCCAAGGGUGUCCGCCUGCUCAGGAACAUGGGGAACCAGGAAGCAAAGCAAAAGAAAGGAGGAGGGAAUGGAGGAGCGGCAGGGGAUGUCUCCGGUGAUGCAGAUGCUGACGACAGAGAAGUGGACAAAAAAUCGAAAAAGUCCCACAGUAAGACAAGUAAAAGCGGAGGGGACAAUAGUGGUAAGAAGAAAUCAAAAUCUGAGUCGAAGAGUUCUGUGUUUUCCAGCAUGAAGAUCAGGAAGAGUUUAUCAAAGGCGAAAGGGUUGUCUAAGGAUGACAUGUUGGAACAUGGGAGGUCAACACACUUGGGCAAAGCAGGGCUCAAUCCCGGUGCAGAGGCGAGCCUGUCAGCUGAUGACAUGGGCAUGCUAUCAGAUGUCGAGGGAGAUCUAUGCCGUUUAACCUCAGACAGCCACCAGUCUGUGCUGGAUGAAAUUGGCCGUAAGACAAGCUCAGAGUCGGAAGCUGACCUGUACAGUUUUCACUCAGCAGCAGCUGAAAAUGAAGACCUGCUCUCUGACAUCCAGCAAGCCAUAAGAGACCAAUGUGUGGCCAGUGACGGGCUGGAAAAGGUGACUAGCCACUUAACUCAAGGGUCGACAUCUGGGGGGAAGGAAGCCCCUGAGAAGGUCAUGUCCCACCAGUAUUUUAAUCUGGAUAAGGAUGUUUUCUCACCCUCUGCUGGUAGAGAAGUAAGUGAAGAGUAUAAGAAUUUAGAGAAUGACGGCUGUGUGUUACCCAUAUCAAGAAAUUCGUCUGGUCCAGGCUCUCUUAGUGAAAGUGGUCCAACAUCUUCAGGCCCAGACACAGAGAGAAGCAGUGGCAGCAUUCUCCCAAAGACCACCAGCACCUAUAGCUUCCCUGACACAACGGGGACUAGCACCUCAUAUGAGAGUGCUGAGGAGCCCCAGGAUGACCUGGAGAACUUUGCUCAGCAGCUCCAAGGUAAUCAAAGCAAAAACAUAUGUGUGCCAAGUGUCCGCUUGGAUCCCGUGGUGGCAGGAGUGGGACCAAUGGGGCCUCAAAAGAGUGUGAGCAGCAUGGAUCUGUCUAUGGAGAGGGAGGAGGAAGAAGAAACUGGGCGGCGGGACUUCCUGUCCCUAAAAAGGAGGAAGAGUAGUUUGUCUUUUAGUCAGCUGACAGCAGACAGCGCCUCUGUUUUUCAGUCUAGACGGACGUCCUCCACCACCUCCCCCUCAACUGUCAAACUCUACCCUCCUGUCCACCCCUCUUAUGUUAAGACCACCACCAGGCAGCUCACCUCUCCAAUUAGCUCCCCCAUCACCAGCCCCAAUGUGCCCAGGAAAACAGAAGUUUCAGCGGAAUCCAGUGGGGCUAAGGGGUUUAGUAGGCAAAAGAAGAGGUCUUCCUCCAUUGCCGGGCCUCUCGGUGAGUCUGCAGACUGGUUCACGGAGCUGGAUAAGAUCAGAGGAAGGCAGAGUGGUGGGGCCAAAUUUCCAGAGCAGGAGACACCAGAGAAGAAUUACACAGUGGGGACGUACUGGACCCUGGGCUCCAGGAGAGCACAUUGUGGACGGCAGUCCUCCAUUACCACAGUACCCUACCUGGAUGUCUUCUCUGGUCGCACUCUGUUGGAGUGGCUGUGUGCUCAUCGUGGCGAUGGGUCUACAGAGGAGGAGGCAAAGGAACUGUGUCACCGAAUGAUGUUCCAGGGCCUGUUGCACCCCUUCAGUGACAGCACAGCAGAGCUGCAUGCUGACAGCACUGCCCCUGCAGUGUUUAAUGAGGAGCAGCUGUACACCUGGGCUUCUGUAGGCCUCCCUGUGUCGUCUCACCUGUGGGAGCUCUACGGGGGACGAGCCACAGGCAGGGAGCACAGCUUGAGAUCUCCUUUGCAUCAAUCGUCAGCCAAGACGCCAGGAGCUCUACACUCUCAGACAGAAUCCAGCAGGUUAAAGUCCGGUCAGUCAUCCUCUGAGGAUGAAAGCUGUCUCAUCCCUCAGCUGGAGAGGACCAUCGAUGACCUGCGGAUUAAGAUCGCUGUGUUGCAGGGCCAGCAGGCCUCCUUGGCAAAGGGCAGCGGGGAUAAUAUGGGAGCUCUGGGCACUGCCCACCACAAGGCCUCACAGAUGAGAGGAGGGAGAUUGGGAAAGAUGAGCCAGGAGGUGUCUGUCCAGACCUCGCCAGUGGAGGAGGGGUUUAAGGUUGACGUGCCUUUCAACGGAGGAUCAGGCAGCGUGUCGUCUUCUGUUUCAUCCUCCAUCCCCAAAUCUACAGAGAGCUUUGUCUGCACGUGCCAGCAGCGGCAACAGAGCAGUGCCCCGCCACCUCCCCCUCCCUUCUCUGGAGGCAGGGCCCCACCUCCACCACCACCACCUUUACCAGGGGGUGGCGCUCCUCCUCCACCACCACCACCUCCCCCGCCCCUACCCGGGCUUGGACCUUGUCCACCACCUCCACCACCUCCUCCUCCUCCCCCGCCUGGUUUUGGACCUCCACCACCUCCUCCUCCCCCGCCUGGUUUCGGACCUCCACCCCCACCUCCUCCUCCGCCGGGUAUGGGCCCUCCUCCACCACCCCCUCCACCUGGAAUGGGCCCCCCUCCUCCACCGCCACCCCCAGGCUUUGGGCCUCCACCACCACCAGGCCCCAUGCCCUCCAUGAUGGUCCAGGAAGCUGCCCCUGCCAAGGCUGUGAUAGAGCCCCCCAAGCCAAUGAAGCCACUCUACUGGACACGCAUACAGCUGAAUGCUAAAAAGGCUAGUGGCUCACUGGUGUGGGAGACAAUCGAGGAGCCAACUGUGGACUUUGAAGAAUUUGUGGACCUGUUCUCCAAAAGUGCUGUUAAGGAGAAAAAAAAGCCGAUUUCAGACACAAUUAGCAAGUCCAAGGCCAAGCAGGUGGUGAAGCUGUUGAGCAACAAGCGUUCGCAGGCUGUGGGUAUUCUGAUGUCCAGCAUCCAUCUUGACAUGAAGGACAUCCAGAAUGCCGUCCUAAAUAUGGACAACACUGUCGUUGACCUGGAGACUCUGCAAGCCCUUUAUGAAAAUAGAGCUCAAAGUGAUGAGCUGGACGGCAUUAAAAAGCAUAUAAAAUCAUCCAAAGACAAGGAGGACACCAAACCACUGGACAAGCCUGAACAGUUUCUAUUUCAGUUAUCCCAAAUCCCCAACUUCUCUGAACGAGUGUUCUGCAUCCUGUUUCAGUCAACUUUCCAUGAAUGUAUCACCUCAAUCCUCCGCAAAAUAGAAAUCCUUCAGAGAGUAUGCAAGACUCUCCAGGGUGGUAAGUGUGUGAUACAGGUUCUUGGCCUGGUGCUGGCUUUUGGCAACUUCAUGAACGGAGGUAAUCGGUCUCGAGGGCAGGCUGACGGCUUCACCUUGGACAUUCUGCCAAAACUGAAGGACGUUAAGAGCAGUGAUAACUCCCAGAGUCUUUUGUCCUACAUCGUUGCUUACUAUCUAAGGCACUUUGAUGAGGAUGCUGGCAGAGAGACGUGUGUCUACUCUCUGCCUGAGCCGCAGGACCUUUUCCAGGCUUCCCAGAUGAAGUUUGAGGACUUCCAAAGAGAUCUGCGCAAGCUGAAGAAAGACCUCAAUGCGUGCUCAGCCGAGACAGAGAAAGUUUGCAAGUUGUCUUCUGAAGAGAACCUGCAACCAUUUAAGGACAAGAUGGACACAUUUCUUAGCCAAGCCAAGACUGAACUGGAAUCACAGGAGACACAGCUGGCAGACACUCAGAAGAUAUUCUUGGAGUUGAGCGUGUCCUUCUCCGUUAAACCCAAGGCGGGAGAGAAAGAGGUCUCUCCCAACACUUUCUUCUCCAUUUGGCACGAGUUUUCCACCGAUUUCAAAGAGCAGUGGAAGAAGCAGAAUAAGCUGAUGCUACAGGAACGGGUCAAAAUGGCUGAAGAGUGCUUCAAACAGGCCAAGGAGAAGGCUUCCUACAAUGUGAAACCCAAACAUGCAACUGGAAUAAAAGCAAAGCUGGGUCAGAAGAUCUGAAGCAGAGAACGGAAAAUUAUCAUCACCCAGCCUAUUGCACAACCACCGUUUGUACAAUCUGACGUGACUCAUCAGUCACUUUUACAACAUUUAUGUGCUUCCGGUAUUUGUUUUCAAUAAAUUAAGACCUGUUGUUCAUUUGUGAAUUCAAAGAGACUAUUAUGUUGUUUAAAAGUGUGAUGAAAAAUUAUAUCCUAAUAAUAAUUAUAUCCAUAAUUAAAUGAAAUUUUGCCACCAAAGGAAAUUCUUAAGCUGAGAUGAUUAAAUAUAGUUGAGUAAUUUGCGAGAAAAUGAUCAGUGGAGUACACGUUACAUCCAAGCUUUCUCAGUAUUUUAUAAGCCAUAUGUAGCCUGUUUUCUUUUUUAGUGCAAUCCCCAGGCCAUUUUUACUUGGAAGGCAUGAACACUUCCUCUUUAUAUCUCCAUUAAUGAUGAAAAGCACAGGAUUUUAUAACAUUUCUACACGGUAGGUAAUAAAUACCUGCCAAACAGAAAGUGCCUUAUCGCACAGUGGAGGGGUUACAUGAGUGCUGUAGAACAGAGCUUAUUUUUGAGACAUAUCAUCUGUAAUUAAAUGUUACACAAAAAGAAGAGAAAUCUGUUUUACACUGACUGAAACAUGACAAAUUUAAUUUUCUCAAUAGUUUCAACAAGUUUGUUUAAUGCCCAGUGAUAAAUUAACAUGUUUACAAACAGCAGCUCCUCUAUUGUUGUUUAAUGUCUUUUCAACCAAAAAGGCCAUGCAUACCUAAGUGUGAUCUGAUAUAGAGCUACUAUUGUUUUAUUCAACAGUAUUGUCAACAUGCUUUUGUUUUAAGUAAAAUCCUAUGCAGUUAGUUUUGCCUUUCCUAUUCUAUGUGAGUGUGUGAACUCCCAUAUGCAAAUGGAGCAAUAGGACCAUGUGACGUGACGUUCAUGUGCAAUACCAACAAUGUGUUUAGAUUGAAUACCCUUGACCAUGAAAAUAAUAUAUUUAUUGAAUAAAAGAAAUUACAUAAAUUUUUAAUG